CUGUAUUUUCAAUGUCAUUGAAUGUGAAAUAAACAUGGCGUCCAAAAUUGUACGAUCCGGACUUGGAAAUGUUCUUGUAAGACGUUUUGCGUCUAGCAGCGGCCCCUCUGCAGUGGCAGAACAUGGAGGUGAAUUUACUUGAGCCGAUUAUUAUAAUUUUAUCGUUAUUUACAAAUUAAGUAUCUUAUAAAAUUAUGAUUUUCACAAGGUAUGAGAAACUGGAGAUUUCUAUCAUUAGUUGUUGCCCUGCCCGGCGUUGGAGUUUGUUAUCUUAAUGCCCAAUUGAAAGAGGAAGAAGUUCAUAAUGCUCCUCGUCCAGAAUUUAAACCUUAUGAACAUCUGAGAAUCCGUACUAAGGUAAAUUAUUAGACAAUUCAAAGGCACAUGUUCUUUACUAUAAAAUUCGAAUUUAUCAAUUGAAUUUUAUUUCAGAAAUUUCCAUGGGGAGAUGGAAAUCACUCUCUUUUCCACAACUCGCAUGUUAAUGCCCUCCCAGACGGAUUUGAAGAAGAUGGACAUUAAAAAGUACUUACAAAAUGAAUAGCCAAUGUCCAAAAAAUGCACAGUGGUUUUCAUGAAUAUGAAAUUCUUUAAAUACAAAUCGUAUAAAACGUAAAUCAUUUUGAAAUAAAUUAUGACUUGACAUUUUUUUAGACAACUCCGCAUUAAUAAUUAAAAAAGCGAUAACAAAGAUAUGUUUAUAAAUUAGGUAGAGUACCCUACUUAUUCUCUAAACAACUUUAUUAUCAAACGUCACUAUUAUCCGGCUUAUCAAAGCUAAUGAACUUGUAUCUAUUCUUCUCAUUAUCUUCGCUAAUUAAUGCACUGAUAAAUGCAUCAAGACAUUAUAGAUGUUAUUCAUAUGACAUCAUUUAUCUAUUAAAUUUUCUAAAGUAAACAUCCGUGAUGGGAUCGAACAAAAUUGAUACAAACCCCGAAAGAGAGAUGCUAACCACAUCGUUUGCCGGAAUACCAAAGACCUUACAAAGACAAAAUCAACAUCAAGACUGCCACCUGAAGAAAGGGUGCUGUAAUUUCAAAGUUAUCGUUGUAGGUGAAUCUGGAAUUGGUAAAACGACAUUUGUAUAUCGUUUCGUAACUGGGGAAUUUAUUAAUUUUCUACAUCAUUCCGUCUCUUUUUCCUUAACCGAUUCACUCGAUCAUACAAUAGCAUUUGAUGGAUAUAAUAUUCAUUUGGACAUAUGGGAUACUGCAGGUCAAGAACGCUAUAGGAGUUUAACAGGAAGUUACUAUAGGGGUGCUGGUGGUUGUCUCUUGUGUUUUGAUCGAACUGAUGAAACGACCUUCAAUCAUUUAUGCCAUUGGUACGACGAUAUUAAGAAAUACGCUCCUAAGUCUACUAUUCUACUUGUUGGACUUAAAACUUGCAGUACAAAAGAAGAUGCUGUUGACAAAUUUAGAAUAGAGAGAUUCGCCAGCGAAUAUAAUCUUAAUUACGUAAAAGUCGAUUCCGAAAGAGGGAAAAGUGUUGAUCACGCGUUCAGAAGUUUGGUCGAAGGAAUGUGUCAAAGUUUUCUUUUGUCUUCGAAUAAAAGGGUUUACAAUUCCUUGGAAAGAGCUGACAGCGGUUAUUUAAGUUUGGUGAGAACAACGAGCCUUCUAAGACUUCAACAAAGCGUGCAGGACAAUAAGUUUGUUCAACAACUAAAGAGUUCGAGGGCGUUUAAGCAAAAAAGGGGGAAGAGGAAGAACAAUUGCUGCGGGAUUUGUUAG